AUGACAUGUCGUCAUUACACUCCGUCGACCGACGCUGUUCUCGGUUGCCGACCGAGUAAUGCUGCGAAGCUAGGCACUAUUCUGUACCAGAUUUUACUGGACCGGUGCUGGAGGCGGUCCGGCACGCUGCUUUACCGUCCGAACCAAAGAAAGGCUUGUUGUCCUCACUACUCCAUACGCUUGGAUGCAAAUGCAUUCCACGCUUCACGAGACCAGCGUCAGGCUGUCAACAGGUUCAGCAGGUUUAUUAUCGGGGAUGAAUAUGCCAGAGUGGCUGCCCGCGUGAAUCCUCGUUCCCGUGCAGAAACAAAGCGACGUGAUACGACGUUCGAUCUAGUUGAGCGCGUUCAUGAGGCUGAAAGCGACAACCUACCACCACUCCCUUCAAGUCGCGGCCACAAGGCUUACAAAACACAGAGGGCCGUCGGCGACAACGAUGGCCAAGCAGCAUCAGUCCCAUUGCCAGUGGAACCAGAACUGACAAAGACCAUUGAACCCGCCCACCGGUUUGUAGUGACCUUGGAGCCAGAUACAUACAGCGACGAAAAGUACGAAGUUUUUGAAAACUACCAGCGCAUGGUGCACAAAGAACCACCGUCCAAGAUCUCCAAACGAGGCUUUACCAACUUUCUGUGCAACUCUCCUUUGCGACGAGAAACCUUUACAGAAAGGAGUGGCCGGCAGAAAAAACUCGGCUCGUUUCACCAGUGCUACCGUCUUGACGGCCGCCUCGUCGCCAUUGGCGUUCUUGACCUGCUACCAGACUGCGUUAGUGCCGUCUACUUUUUGUACCACGAGUCAAUUCAUAAUCUCAGCCCUGGCAAACUCGGCGCGCUUAGAGAGAUCGCGCUGGCUCUCGAGGGUGGCUAUCGUUGGUGGUACUCAGGCUACUAUAUCCACAACUGUCCCAAGAUGCGGUACAAGAUUGAUUUUGCGCCGCAGUAUGUGCUCGAUCCCGAGUUACCCUCCAGCUGGGAUCUCUUGGACAAAGAGGCACUGGCCAAGUUCGAUAAACAGCCCUACGUGAGCUUCUCGCAUGAGCGGGUGGAGGAGUAUAAAACGAAGCUGCUGAAGCAACACCCUAACGGCGACAGCGACAAUUAUGGCUUUGGCCUUUUCGGUCUGGGAAAACCGUUGACAUUCCAUGGGCCGGCAGUAGAGGAGCACACACCUGAUGGAGGUGACGCCGUGGCAGGCACGAGGGAAGAAUCGGGGGAACCAAUUGCCGCCCUUGACGGUGAAGCCAACAAUGGCGACGACGAUGACUCGGAUUCGGACGCUGAGAAUAGUGACUCGCCGAAUGUACCGCUCUUCACGAGCAAUAUGCCAGGCCUACCGUCCAUGGCAACCGUCGCUCGGUACCACCUCGAUGACAUCCCGAUUCUGACAUCGCUGCAGCCAACCAUGUUUCCUGUUCAUUACCUGGCUGUAUGGGACGAGGGCACAGUCACGGAUGGCACGAGUUUCAAGAACAAGGUGGCGGAACUGGUGGCGAUGAUGGGCUCCGACCUCAUCCCUCAACUCUGCCUGGACUUCCGGAGACACCCAUCAUAG